AAGAGAUCAGCAACAGAAAGAGAUGGAGAGAGAAAAUAUGAUUAUGAGAGAAAGGGAGGAAGCAGGAAGAAGAAAGGAGGGGCAGAAAAAUAUUUUGGGGGAAAUUGAGGGACAGAAUGAACUGGAGAUAGAACAGGAGAGAGAGAUGGAAGAAAAGCAGGAAGUGAUUAAGGAAGCAGAGGAAGAGUACAGGGAAAGAGAAGAGAGAGGAAAGGAAGUAAGCAUGAAGAAACAUGUAGUAGUUAAUGUUAAAGCAAAAGCACGGGAAGUCUUCAAUAGGCGUAAAGAGAGGAGGUUAGAAGUGUUGAAGGGGGAACGAGAACACAUAGAAAGAGGACAACAAAUCAGGAGGGAGAAGGAGGAAAGACAGCUGGAGAUGGAAAGAAAACAGGAGAGGGCAAGACAACAAGAGGAGCAGGAUAGAAAACAAGAGAUUGAAAUGGCUAGACAGAAAGAAAUGUUGAGACUAAGAGAGGAGGAGAGGCAGAGAGAGGAAGAGAGAGAGGACCAGAGAAAGAGAGCCAUUGAAGGCCAUUUAGCUUUAAUCAGAGAGAGAGAGAAGAUUUUAGAGGUAAAGAAAAAAGAGGAGAUGGCGGAAGAGGAAAGAAGGGAGAUCCUUGAGUACAAGAGGGGUGACUUAGAGGACACUGAAGAGGAGGAGGAGAAGGAAGAUGACAAGGAGGACAUUCUCCCACCUGAUAAAAGUAUCCGAAGGAGAGCUGUGGGCUGGGUAAACAAGAAGUGGGAGAAGAGGAACCUCAAAAAGAUAGAGAGAACCUGUCAGAGAGAAGCUGAGGAGGGCGAUAAGAUCGUCCACAUAGUCAUCCCUGGACCCAUAAGGCUAACCAUGACCCGGGCAGAGAGAGAGAGGGAGAAGAGGAAGGAGCUGCUGAAGGCUGAGGAGAGAAGGAAGAAGUUGGAGGAUUUCAAUAAGCAGUGGAGAGUGCAGUCGCUGCUUAAAAACACACUCAUCAAAAACUGA